AUGUCUCCAGGAAUGGAUAGUACAAGUUGUGUGCACAACUCAGCUCAAGAAGAAUUUAUCUGCGGCACGAUACGCAUUUCCAGAUUCACGCCCUACUGCUCACAUCACCUACGAAUAAUGCUGUCCACCUUCAACUUAAAGGUGCUUUCAAGUGUCGCUCUUGGGUCGCUCGCGAUCGGAUCGGUCUCUGCCAUACUUGGUGGAAAUAUCGUUGAACCAGACGUCGCAAGUUUCAUGACCAAUUUUCGUCACGAGAAAGACAGCAACGCUUUAUGUGGUGGAGUUUUAAUUGCUCCAAUAUGUCGAAGCGCUGAAGAUUAA